GUCUUCCUUUCAACUUCUAUCGACUCCGCUCUUCUUGUGUCCGUGCUGAAUUCUGAGGACGGGAUAUCUCGGUCAGAGCAGCUUUCAUCGACUCAUUCACAGAAAGCUAACGGGAUAGCGCGCUAAGUGGACACAGAUGCAGGCCAUAAAGUGUGUGGUCGUCGGGGACGGGGCUGUGGGAAAAACAUGCCUUCUGAUCAGCUACACCACCAAUGCUUUUCCCGGGGAAUACAUCCCCACUGUAUUUGAUAAUUAUUCUGCUAAUGUGAUGGUCGAUGGAAAGCCGGUGAACCUGGGACUGUGGGAUACAGCAGGGCAGGAGGAUUACGACAGGCUUCGACCGCUCUCCUACCCUCAGACGGACGUGUUCUUGAUUUGUUUCUCUCUUGUGAGUCCAGCCUCAUUUGAGAACGUCCGUGCGAAGUGGUAUCCAGAGGUCAGACAUCAUUGUCCAAACACUCCUAUAAUUCUGGUUGGGACUAAGCUUGAUCUGAGAGAUGACAAGGACACUAUAGAAAAGCUGAAAGAGAAGAAACUCACACCCAUCACCUACCCUCAAGGUCUCGCUAUGGCCAAAGAAAUAGGAGCUGUGAAGUACCUGGAAUGCUCAGCCUUAACGCAACGCGGCCUUAAGACGGUGUUCGAUGAAGCCAUCCGUGCGGUCCUGUGUCCGCCCCCAGUCAAGAAAGGAAAGAGGAGGUGUUUAAUCCUCUGAACUGACUGUACUCACAGCACCAGCUACAAUCUGAGCUCACCUGAGAGGAGAACAGUGGAGGCGGGGAUGAUGGGAAAUGUGUGUGGGGGAAGAAGAAAGAGUCUGCACAGUGUAUCCGUACAGAUAUUUCUCCCUCUUGCAUUGCAUUUAGAAUUGCGCCACUAACUAGCAUUAAGAUGCCAGAUUAUUUGCUUCCGAGUGAUGAGGAGUGGCAUCCAUAGUUGUUUUCCUUCCCGUACAGUAAGACAUUCCUGCUGCCUUCUAAUCAUCUCCUUUAUUCUCCCCUCAUCUUGAUGAACUAAAUACUCCUUUCAGUGUAUUUCUCCAUCUUUGUGAGCCCAUAUGUUUUGUUUACAAUCUGCAUUUUUGUAGAAAACGAAUUAUUGCCAAACGUUAAACCCAGGUGGAUUUCAAUUUGCUCAAACUAACGGUCUAAUUUUUCUUAAAGGGUGGCGGGUGUUAAUCAUGCAUACUUGUAAGAGACCGAGAUUGCAGUAAUGUUGAAGGAACUAUUUUACAAGAGGACAGCUUAAGUAAACACUAUUUUUUUUGGUUCCUGUCUUACGGUUUUCAUGCUAGAGAGUUUAUUUUGUUUAACUGUAACUGUUUAAAGAAACAAACCUAGUUAAAAUGCAUAUAACAGCUUUGUUUUGUCAGCAUAUAGCAUAUUUUCACUACUGUAUCUGAAUAUUCAGAAGGGCAGAUCUCUUGUUUAAUCUCUCGCUGUAUUUUAGUCAGGCUUUUGGAGGAGUCAGACAGUGUUUUAACCAUUUUACAGUCCCAGUAUUGUAUUGAGACUACAGAUCUACCAGUGCCUAGUAUCAGACCAGGGUUUCAUUGCAAAGCUGAGCAUGUCAGAAGUUUCUGUACUGUAGACUCCUCAACACUAUGGCACGGGGUUCAUAUUCUUGAAAGAUCCCCUUGAAGACUGUGCUAUAUGUGUAUAAACGGUUUGUUGUAAAGGUACAGACAUUAAGUAUUAAACUUCUAAUUGGAUUUCAGACAUGGUUCAAGACGAAAUGGUUGGAAUUUGCCACAUGGAAUUUUUAAUUUUGACAGAUCUGUAACUUUUUUUAAAAACAUUUAAAAUGCUUUAUUCAUGCUUUUAUUGCCUCCACAAAAACUACAAUGCAUUAACCUUUAUAUCUGAAAAUAGAAACCAAAUAUAAAAACGUGUCUUUGUUCUUCGUUUUCCAUGUGCACUUUACGGACAGAAGUAUUGGGACACCCCCUUUUAAUAAACAGGUUUGACCACGA